UGCGGUUUCAGAGUUUACUUACAGGCAUUUUUGGUGGCUAUUUCGAGGAAUUGUCUUUUGAGCGGAUUUUAGACAAGGCUCGACCUGAUACUUUCCUCCGUAUACCAAAAAGGUCAAUUCUUCCAACUCGCAAGACCUUGGAAGUUUGACGAAACCACUUGUCUGCUCGCUUUCCCAAGGCUCCAUACCAGUGUAUUGGGUCUGUAGGAGUGAGACGAGGAGAAACCUGUGGGACGUUCUUGGACUAUCGAGAGGAGAAAUCAAUCAACAAUACUUUAGAAUGAAGUGUUUAAUAAGAUUCACACAAACGCACGAGACGUUUCGUCUCGCCGAGAUCCAAGCCUUAGCAGAGCUUGAGAAUAUUCCUUUAGAGGUUGAACACUAUGCGUCAAAUGUAAGUGGAAUCUAUCAGAAUUUAUCCAUGCCGUCAGUUCUAAGUAAUUGAUAGUCACCAUUUUGUUUCAUAGACGUUCCGUCUGCAGAAACAGCUGCACGACUUAUCAAAAGAAGCAUUCUCUCCAAAGCCAUUUACGAAGUUUGGGGAACAGGUUCUACGUAUGAGGAUCUUCAUGAUGAUAUAAAGACACAUACAAAGGAAUCAUGGCCUCUUUAUAAAAACUGCUCUUUCAAAUUUACCGUGGAUUGUUUUCAAAAUACCAGGUCUACCACCGAGCAACGAGCACUCAUCAAUGAGUUUCGAUAUUUGGAAUUUGCAGGACCCAUCAAGAUGAAAGGAGCUGAUGAAGAAUUUUGUAUCUCGGAAGAAUGGCAACUUGAUGCUGCUGCUAAUGGUAUCAACACACCUUCACAAGUAACCUUUGGUCGAUUUCUCGGUGCUAGCGAAAGAGAUAUUGUGGGAAAGUAUGAUCUCAAGAAACGGAAAUAUAUCAGUACCACCUCUAUGGAUUCUGAACUUGCAUUGGUCACUGCAAAUAUUACGUUAGCAGCACCAGGGAAAUUAUUCUAUGAUCCAUUUGUCGGUACGGGUAGUUUUCCAGUUGCAUGUGCACAUUUUGGAGCUCUUGCUUUCGGAAGCGAUAUUGAUGGACGAAGUAUUCGAGGAAAGGGGAAGAAUAAUUUACAUUCUAAUUUCGUACAAUAUGGUCUCACGAAUCAAUUUGGAGAUACCUUCGUGGCGGAUCUAACAAAUACUCCGUUAAGAUGUGCUAGGUUAUUCGAUGGUAUUCUAUGUGAUCCACCAUAUGGUGUUCGAGAAGGUUUAAAAGUACUGGGGAAUAGAGAUCCUACCAAACCCAAAGUACCAAUAAUGUUAGAGGGCGAAACACAACCUCAUCAUUUGUACGAAUUCCUCCUCUAUGAUGAAUACCUAAAACGACACUAACGAAAUCCAGACAAGAAGCGUAUAUCCCACCCAAAAAACCAUAUUCGUUCCUAGCAAUGCUAGACGAUAUCCUCGAUUUCGCAGCCAUAUCCCUCGUAGAAAACGGCCGUCUAUCCUUCUGGAUGCCCACCGCCAACGACGAAGAUCAAGAAAUCAAAAUCCCUUCUCAUCCCUGCUUACACAUGACAAGUGUCUGCACACAAGCCUUUAACAAAUGUACGUAACCUAACCUUAUUUCGCAUCCUCCUCAUAACUGUAGAUGAUUAAUAUAAUAUGUAAAUAGGGUCAAGAAGACUUAUUACAUAUAGAAGAAUACUAGAUUCAGAGGUAGAUCCGGAGGAGAUUCGCGAGAGGAAAGUUGGUGCGUCAGGUAGUACGGCGGAUGAGUUGAAUCCUUUUAGGAAGGGUUAUUUUCAGGGUUUUAAAUCAGUGGCUAAGGAUGUAGAAAAAUAAUAGAGAUGAUUUGUUUUAUUAUCCACUCAC